AUGGACGAGAGCAGCCCGCUGGUGUCCCCGCAGCGGGCCCAGGCCGCCGCCUACGGGCUGCCCGCGGGGCCGGGGGGCGCCGUGCGGGCUCUGCCCCCGCCCCCGCCGGCCCCCGCCGCGCCCGCGCCCUCCCCGCCCGGCUCCCCGCGCGCCCGCGACCGCGAGCGGCAGCCGCUGCUGGAGCGGGGCGCGGCGGGCGGCCGGGGCCCCGGGGCGGCGCAGGCAGCGGCGCAGGCGGCGGCGGCGCAGGCCCAGCGCGAGCGGAACGACUUCCCCGACGACCCCGAGUUCGCCGAGGUGGUGCGGCUGGCGGAGGCGGCCAGCGAGCGCGGGAUCUUCCCGGAGCGCAUCUCCCAGGGCUCCAGCGGCAGCUACUUCGUCAAGGACCCGCAGGGGAAAAUCAUCGGCGUCUUCAAGCCCAAGAACGAGGAGCCCUACGGGCAGCUGAACCCCAAGUGGACCAAGUGGCUGCAGAAGCUGUGCUGCCCGUGCUGCUUCGGGAGAGACUGCCUGGUGCUCAACCAGGGCUACCUGUCCGAGGCCGGCGCCAGCCUGGUGGACCAGAAACUGGAGCUCAACAUUGUUCCCCGCACCAAGGUGGUGUAUCUGGCCAGCGAGACUUUCAACUACAGUGCCAUUGACCGAGUGAAGUCCAGAGGGAAAAAGCUGGCCCUGGAGAAGGUGCCGAAAGUGGGGCAACGGUUCAACCGCAUCGGCCUGCCGCCAAAGGUGGGCUCCUUCCAGCUCUUUGUGGAAGGCUACAAGGAUGCGGAUUACUGGCUGCGCCGCUUUGAGGCCGAGCCGCUCCCCGAGAACACCACCCGGCAGCUGCUGCUGCAGUUCGAGAGGCUGGUGGUGCUGGACUACAUCAUCAGGAACACAGAUCGAGGCAACGAUAACUGGCUGAUCAAGUACGACUACCCCCUGGACAGCACGAGUGUGCGGGACUCCGAGUGGGUGGUGGUGAAGGAGCCCAUCAUCAAACUGGCUGCCAUAGACAACGGCUUGGCCUUCCCCCUGAAGCACCCCGACUCGUGGAGAGCAUACCCCUUCUACUGGGCAUGGCUGCCCCAGGCCAAAGUCCCCUUCUCACAGGAGAUCAAAGACCUGAUCCUCCCAAAGGUUUCCGACCCCAACUUCGUCAAAGACCUGGAGGAGGAUCUGUACGAACUCUUCAAGAAGGACCCUGGCUUCGACCGGGGGCAGUUCCACAAGCAGAUCGCUGUCCUGAGGGGCCAGAUCCUGAACCUGACGCAGGCCCUGAAGGACGGGAAGAGCCCCCUGCACCUGGUGCAGAUGCCGCCGGUGAUCGUGGAGACAGCGCGCUCCCACCAGCGCAGCGCCAGCGAGUCCUACACACAGAGCUUCCAGAGCCGCAAGCCCUUCUUCUCCUGGUGGUAG